GAAAUAAAUCAAUGCAAAACGUUCCGUUCGAUAUUCUUACUGUUCACCAGCUAGAGCCAUGGAUUGCUCAGCUGAGGAAAUGUGGGAGAAGUUAAGGUGCCACCGGGUGCAAAUUGUGCAGGAGCUUCGCGUCGACCGAUGUGUCCUUUUCGAUUACUUGCGCAGUAAGGACGUCUUCGACGCCGAAGACUGUCAGAUUGUGCAUGCAGAGAGGACAAACGAACAGAGAGCCAGCAAGCUUUUGGAUAUUCUUGCGACUAAAGGAACGAAAGGUCUGCAGCAUUUCAUCGAUGUUUUGCAGCUCUUAAACCCAGGAUUGUACGAAAAGCUAACUGGACAGAGAGUUACACCAAGUCUCACUUCCCAGUGUGGCGUAGACAUCCUUAACAUUCAUUUGAAAGAGGACCAACAACUCAAGGCUCGUCUCGAGGAAUUGAUAACUGGUUCGGAUGUUAAUGGGAACUUUUUACAAAAUCUACUAGUGCAGGCAAUAAUAGGGGAGCUACUUUCCGCCGUGGGGGAAGUUAAGAAGUUGAAAAGUCAAGUUGAUGAAGAAAGGGCGAAGAAUGCAAACCUGCUCAACGAGAUAAAAAAACUGUCACAGAUUUUUGAAGAGGAACAAUGCAAGUCCACGAAAUUAUCAGAAACGAUAUCCCUGCUGCAAGGCAAUUGUAAGACAGUUGAACACCUCACCAUUCGGAAUCGUGAGCUAGAGAUGGAGAGAGACCAAACUGUUUCUGAGCUACCUCAACUGAAGAGUUGGGAUGAAGUGUUGAAGGCCUUUUACGAAAUCGAGGAAAAAAGCAAACAACAGUACCAAGAGAGGUACGAAUCGAACACCGCGGAAAUAAGUGCGUUGAGAGAACGACUCAUUCGAGUAGAGGAAGAUUUAAAGUGUUUAAAGAUGGGAAGAAAAAAUUCCCUGAACUCGUCCAAUUUGGUAAACGAAUCAGAUGGACACGAAUGGAAAGAAUGGCUGUCCCGCAUACCUUAUGAGGUCUUAGUUGCCAUGGCAUGUUGUCCCUCAGACCAAGGUUCAGUCGAUGAUCGUAUCUCAUCUUCUAACAUAUCAAAUUUUGGCAUACCGCCUUCGUCCCCAGCCGAAUAUGACCAUCAGUGGAAACAAUCACAGAAAGAAGUUAUCUAUGGUCAGUGGAAAAAAGAAAACGAAACCCCCGAUGGAUGUUACGUCAUUGAUGACAGCAUUAAACCACAGCCUCGUCCCCGAGCGGAUGCCCUUGAUAGGUCCAGGACCUCUCGAUACAAAUUCCGGGCGUUACGUAGAAUUCCUUAGAUAGGAACAACCUGUAGAGAGAAACAAAUGCUGACAUAUGUACUAAACCCUUGGUUAGACCUUCAAGAUGAAAGUAGAAGACGUGGCGGCCUGAUGUCGAUGAACUAACAUCUUAUUCAGGGGGAAUCUCCUGGUUGCGUAAUGCUGUGAAAAUCGAGGUACACCACAGCAGUGAUGGAAAACUUGUACAUACUUUGCCCAGAACUAGUUGAAGACGGGAGCUCAAAGAGACGGCUUCUUAGGAUUGAAAGAACCCCUUUGGAGCGAUGAUCGUUUUUAAUCAUACGGUUACGGAAGAAAGUUAGCUGUUCAAUUUGUUCACCCAUUCCUUUCAAAGCAAGCCUUUUCUCAAAGAUUAGGAUAAAAGUGCUGAAUGUUAUCUGUAAUAUAAAGUUAGUUAACUUUCAGCGGAAACUUCUCCUGAAGUAGAUUUGUCUCACGAUGUUGUUACUCCCUCUGAGUAUCACUAGGUUUCUGGAUACGAGUCACCUAAUGAACCAUUACGUUCGGCUGAUUGGCUAGUAUUCAAUGGUUGUAACUGGCGCAUCUCAAAUAUGGAGAAAAUUAUAGGCAAAUAUUCCAAUUCGAGUGCUUCCUUGUUUACCAUUGUAAAUAUGAAGUAGUACAGUAAAUAACAGUAAGUUAACUCCAAGUAUCUUUUCUUAAUUAAGGAGGCUCCAUAGGGUUUUUUGACCGCGCGAGAUCUAGGUACGAACAUAGAGCGAGCUUUAAAAGUGACGGCUCGAUACGAUCGCACGAUUGUUUUCUGAAAAGGUAUGUUAAAAAAAGUUAACUUAAUACAGUUUUUAUGUGAUGGAAUCUAGGGUUUCCGGCAACUGCACUCGUAACAUUCAUAGUCCUCCUACGCCUGAAAAAGAGGUCAACCGAAAAGAAAAUAUCGCGGGAAAGAUUGCCAGAAGGCGACAGAUUGGAAAGUGUAUGCAUGACAAAGAAAAUAGGGAUCUUUCGAGCAAGAUUUAUCGGGUUUCCUUCGAUGGAAUUUCCUGAUUUACUGUACUGUUAAAGAUAUUUUUAGCCUUCCUAGUGCCUGUUGAUAAAAACUGAAUUCAUGAGACCGAAUUUGAGACAGAGGAAGAAAACAUAAAACUGCAAAUACUGAGGAAAAUGCCUAUGUAACCCCUAUUUUUCUCGGCUUUUAAAUGAUCGGCAAGAAAAAUUUCACAAAUUGUGAAACUUUUGAGAGAUUUCACCGGAGAAAAUUGAAGAAAAUCAAAGGCAAAGUCAAAUUUUCGCUGGCGAGCGCCUCCCUUCGUGGGGCCCUAGCUUAAGAACAAAAAUCAUUUUGUUAGUAUUGACUACAGUAAACGAUGGUCCGAGCCUUGCUCAUCACCUUCUGAUGACUUGGUGACCAAGAAAAGAGCAAAAACCCUAUGGAGACUUCUUAAAUGGAGUGACUGUUUAGAACUUACUUUCUUUGAAAACUGUAGAAAGCUUAGACCAAAGCCACAUUACAGCUUAGAAAUCUUUUAAAUUAUAUGUUGUAAACGAUAACAAUAAAUUGUGUUGAACGCUUGUAACUGUUUCCUGGUCUAAUCAACUCAUAAAAGGCACCUUAAAACAGGAACAGAAAA